AGGGAGCGACUCAAAAAUUUCUCCCAGUCUUGCAGUCCUUUCCGUCUUCGCCAUUCCUCUCCUUUUCCAAUGGACUCUCUCACUCUCUUUUGUACGGGCGCUCUCCUCGCCGGCGGGAUCUAUUGGUUUGUCUGCAUUCUUGGCCCUGCCGAGCGAAAAGGCAAACGUGCCAUGGAUCUCUCCGGUGGCUCCAUCUCCGCCGAGAAAGUUCAAGAUAGCUACGACAAAUAUUGGUCCUUUUUCCGCCGCCCAAAAGAGAUCGAAACGGCCGAGAAAGUCCCCGACUUUGUGGACACCUUUUACAACUUAGUCACCGAUAUUUACGAGUGGGGUUGGGGCCAGUCCUUUCACUUCUCCCCGCACGUCCCCGGCAAGUCCCAUAAGGACGCCACGCGCCUCCACGAGGAGAUGGCCGUCGAUCUCAUCCACGUCAAACCCGGAGACAGAAUUCUCGACGUCGGAUGCGGCGUAGGUGGGCCUAUGCGUGCCAUCGCGGCCCACUCGCGUGCCAACGUCACGGGGAUCACGAUCAACGAGUACCAGGUUAAACGGGCGCGUCAGCACAAUAAGAAGGCCGGCCUCGACUCGCUCUGCGAGGUCAUCUGCGGGAACUUCCUCGAGAUGCCGUUCCCGGAGAACAGCUUUGACGGCGCGUACUCAAUCGAGGCGACAUGCCACGCGCCGAAGCUGGAGGAGGUGUACGCCGAGAUCUUCAAGGUUCUGAAGCCGGGGGCUCUGUACGUGUCGUACGAGUGGGUGACGACGGACAAGUACAAGGGUGACGACGCCGAACACGUGGAUGUCAUUCAGGGGAUCGAGAGAGGAGACGCCCUGCCGGGACUCAGGAGCUAUACGGAUAUUGCGGAGACGGCGAGGAAGGUCGGGUUCGAGGUGGUGAAGGAGAAAGAUCUGGCCAAGCCGCCGGCGCAACCCUGGUGGAAUCGAUUGAAGAUGGGGAGGAUCGCAUACUGGCGCAACCACAUUCUGGUGACGGUGCUCGCCGCCGUCGGAAUUGCACCGAAAGGAACCGUGGAUGUGCACGAGAUGCUGUUCAAAACCGCCGACUUUUUGACCAGGGGCGGCGAAACCGGAAUCUUCAGUCCGAUGCACAUGAUUCUCUGCCGGAAGCCCGAGACAGCCAAAUCAUCUUAAUUUCCCGUAUCGCCGGUGCACCCCCGCGUCCCUUUAGCCCCUUUUUGUUGUAUUUUAUUUUUGUGUUAUCUUGUUUUAAUAAUCUUUCUAAUCUAGGUUUGUUUUCCUUUUUUUUUUUUCUUCGUUUACUUGACCUGCUAAUUUAUUAUCAUUCUCUUGUAAUUUUGUUUUGGAAUUAUUUAAGUUCGUGGUUGGAUA